AUGUUUAAGGUUUUCAUUUCUAACAUCAAUGAUGAUGAGAAAAGAAAAUUCUCAGCUUUUCUUUUAAGAUUACUCUCCGGCACGGACUUCCUUCCUGAUUUUAGCCAAGCUAUCACUUUUUCAGAUCAUGUCAAGCACAAACUCGUGACAAAGCCACUGCCACAUUGUGUAGAAUCAAAAGAGAAGUUUCAUGUCUGA